AUGUGUUUGAUGAACCAAAUUCUGAAGCGUUUCUUAGGAGGAUUUGUAGUCGUCUACUUUGAUGGCAUUCUUAUCUAUAGCCGAGAUGAACAGGAGCAUAUGUUGCAUCUCCGAGAAGUCUUCCAAGUGCUAAAGGAGAAUGAACUUUACAUCAACCUUAAGAAGUGUGCGUUCUUGAUAACUCAGUUAGUGUUCUUAGGGUUUGUGGUAAGCUCGCAGGGGAUCCAGGUUAACAAAGAUAAAGUCAAGGCAAUCAAUGAUUGGCUGUCUCUAAAAGGGGCUACUGAAGUAAGAAGUUUUCAUGGAUUAGCAUCUUUUUAUCAGCAUUUUAUUUGCAAUUUUAGUUCUAUAAUUGCUCCCAUGACAGAUUGCUUAAAGAAGAAUGGUGUUUUCGAGUGGACCGAUGAAGCAAAUGCAACUUUUGCCCUUAUCAAGGAGAAGAUUACUACUGCACCUAUAUUGGCGUUUCCAGAUUUGACAAGCUCUUUGGGCUUGAGUGCAAUGCGUGUGGUGUAG